UUGGCAGCACGGCUGCGUCCCGCCCCGUCCCUGCUGGGAUGGGCCCAUGGUUGGCCCUGUGGGUGCUGCUCUACCUGCCAAGAUCCCUUCAGGGCCAGAGCCCACACACCCCGGCGGCCCCCGGCUCCGUUCUGCAGAGUUUCGAGGACAGCAAGUUCCAGGGGGAGUGGUUUGUCCUCGGCCUGGCGGGUAACACCCACACGGUAGCAGACAGGUCUCUGCUGAGCCCUUUCACAGCGACAUUCACGCUAAGUAAAAACCACCGCUUGGAAGUGGCAUACGCCAUGAUUCGGGGCCAGCGCUGUGUCACCUGGUCAUACAAGCUUAUUUCAAAGUCCCAGCCUGGGAUGUUCUCGGUUGAUCACAGUGGAGAGCCCGGGGCGGACCCCGAGGAGAUCCAGGUGACCGACACGGACUACGAGUCCUUUGCCCUCCUGCUCUCCAGGAGGCAGUCGGACCUGCAGAGCAUCCUCAGGGUCAGCCUGCUGUGCAGAAUAUGGGCCAUUCAGACCCAGCUGCUGGACAAGUUCAUCUGCCUGGUCCGAGCUCAGGGCCUCUCAGAUGACAACAUUGUCUUCCCGGACGUGACAGACUGGUCAGUCCUGCCCGAGAAAUGCUGAAAGAUGAAGUCAUCUCACCCACCUCCAGACCUGGCCUCACUGCCCCGCUCUCUCCGCCUCCACUUCCAGCAUGAAAUAAACAUGCUGU